AAUGCCAAGAAAUUAUUUGAGAAAAUCUAUUAAUCCAAAACCAUCUGAAGAAUCACUCCGAUGUGCUGUCACUGAUGUUCUUAGUGGACGUUGUACAAUUAGAAAAGCUUCUGAACUUUACAAUGUCAAGAAAUCUACUGUGGCUUUUUACAAAUCACAGCAUACUUAUGCGAGUGUCAUGGCAGCCACAUCUAUCAAGAGACAAGAUCAUCACAUUAAAAUAUUCACUUCCAAACAAGAAGGCCAGCUUGUUUCGUAUUUAAAAGAAUGCUGCCUUUUCAAUCAUGGCCUCUCUACAAAAGAGACGAAGAAGCUAGCGUUGUCAUUUGCAAUUGCAAAUAAUCUUAAUAUUCCUGAAAGUUGGAAAGAAAAAGAAGAGGCGUCAUCAGAGUGGCUGGGAGGUUUUUUAAAACGUAAUCAGUCGUUGUCAAUAAGGAAACCAGAAGCCACCAGUCAAGCCCGUGCUGCUGGAUUUAAUGAGCCUGUUGUGCAACUAUUUUACGAUAAAUUAGACGAAGUAUACGUCAAGCACAAAUUUCCAGCACACAGGGUUUGGAAUGGAGAUGAAACCGGAAACCCGACAGUUCUUCCACCGAUAGAAGUCAUAGCACCAAAAGGAAUGAAACAGGUCCAGCAAACAGUUUCUGCGGAGAGAGGGGAAAAUGUAACUAUGCUAGCCUUUGUUAGUGCUAGUGGUUCUAGGAUUCCACCAAUAUUCGUUUUUCCUCGCAAGAAACCAAAUCCCAAUCUGCUACUUGGCUCUCCCGUUGGAUCGUUAGGAUUAUAUCACGAAUCUGGUUGGAUGACUGGGGGAAAUUUUCUCGAAAGCUUAAUUCAUUUUCAAUACCACGUGAAGGCCACAAAGAAGAAUCCAGUAUUACUGCUAAUGGAUAAUCAUUCCAGUCACCUUGAAUUUCCAUGUGUGAAAUUUGCAAAAGAAAACUCGAUAAUUUUGCUAACAUUUUCCCCCGCAUUGUUCGCACAAACUCCAACCUCUUGACGUUGCAGUUUAUUUCCCAUUCAAGCGGGCAUUGAGACACAGCCACAAUGAGUGGUUACAAUCUAAUCCUGGUAAACGCAUUGGAAUAAAAGAUAUUGCUGGUCUUACACAAGUUCCGUUUAUCACCAAAAUUGUCGCCGAAAACAUCAUUGCAGGAUUUAAGAAAUCAGGAAUUUGGCCGUUUAAUAGAAAUGCUAUUCCAUCGUCUCAAUUCACUCCUAGUCGAGUAACGGAUAGACCAGAUCCAACUCAGCAUACAAACACCACUGAAGACGUCGCAGAUUAGGCUUUCGCUGGUUCAUCAAUUGAGAGCAACAACGUAAAUUCCACAAUCGGUGAUGAUGUGACACUGGAGAGCAUUCGACCUUUUCCAAAGGUGAUACCAUCCACGGGUUCACGCAGGCCGUCUAGUAGAUUAGGAAGUACACGGAUCUUGACAGAUUCACCCGAAACCAACAAGAUUGAAGAAGAUUACAU